CAAUUUCCAAAAAGUAAAUUUGCCCCUUUUUUGCGAGGCAUCUCCUCCUCACAGUCGACCCAAAAUAGCCAGUCUGCCGAGUAUAAUGAACGUUCCAACCAAAAUCGCAGGCAGAUUUCCCCUUCUACUACUCUCUUCUGCUCCUCUGCUUCCCUCCUCCUCUCUUCGUCCCAGAGGUGCUCUUUAAUCACUCCCAAUCGCCUGCGCAGAUUGGGCUUAGUGCCUAUAGUCCGCAGCUGGAGAUUGAAGCCCGGCGUUGAGCAGAAAAUGGCUUGGAGCUUGGAGAAAGUGGACGCCGCCGGCGUUGAAGUUUCUCAGUUGGGGGUUGUUCGUCCGGCGACUGAAGCUCAUACCGAGGAGGCUAUUGAAGCUCUUAAAGCUGGAAAAAUCAUUGCAGUCCCUACGGAUACGCUAUACGGCUUUGCCUGUGAUGCUUGUUCAUUGGAAGCAGUUCAUCGGAUUUAUGAGGUUAAAGGGCGAAAUCAUACGAGUCCUCUCGCAAUUUGUGUUGGGGAUGUGCCGGAUAUUCAGCGCUUUGCUGUCACUGAUCACUUGCCUCAUGGCUUGCUUGAGUCUCUCCUUCCAGGACCUGUUACUCUUGUACUGAGACGAGGGGAGUCGAGUAUGCUUGAGAAGUCUUUGAACCCUGGAUUGGAAAGUAUAGGAGUCAGAGUUCCGGACUGUAACUUCAUCAGGGGGAUUGCCCGUGGACUGGGGAGUGCAUUGGCCCUUACCAGUGCAAACCUGAGCGGGCAGCCAAGUAGUGUUUGCAUCAAAGAUUUCGAGAACCUCUGGCAACAUUGUGCGUAUGUUUAUCAGGGUGGUGUGCUUCCUUCAGGUCGUGCAGGCUCAACAGUUGUGGACCUUACCAGGCUAGGCAAGUUCAAGAUUCUUAGACCUGGAAGUGCAAGGGAAGAGACUGUUGCUAUUCUUGAAAGGCAUUCUCUUGAAGAAGAAGGAUCAUCUACUUAAACCACGCGUAACCUCCCUUUUGCAUAUGUUUUGAAUUUUUUAUGAGUGAUGGCUUGUAAGAAGAGCUUAGGGACAAACAUAUUGGAUGCUUGAUUUUCAUGAUUUUGUAAAAUUGUUAUAAUUUUCACUAGUGUAAUGAUUCUUGAAGUAUUUUCUUCUCUACAUCAA